AUGCAAAUAAUUGAUAGAAAUUGAACCGGGCUUUAACAAUCGACUAAAAUAUACCCAACCGCAUUAUUUAGCUUGCACGCUAGGACUGCCAUUUUUGGGUCCGCGUAGCUAGCAGCUAACGAAGUUAGCUUGCCAAUUUAGUUCCUGUUUGGGAUUAGAUCGCGUGGGCUACAUUUCCUGGCUAACCUCAAAAAUACGUCUGGAUACACAGGCGAGUGUAACUGAAUUAUUUAAUUACAAAAGCCAAUGUUACAUCUCCGUAUGCUUUAGGUUUAAAAAAAAAAAAAGUAAUUUGUCGCUAUAGUUCAAUGGUAAAAGGAAAUCCCGCCAGUCUCAACCCUUCCUCUCGACAGGCCGUUUGCUUGAACCCACGUCUGCCUGCCUCAUGGGCUUAGAAGCUGAGAAGUUGCCGUAGGACAACUCAUCACCAUGGAUGGACAAACCCAGAGGAUACAGUUGGUUUCAGCAGAUGGAGGGAUGGCCCUGGGACAUCGAAUACAGAUUGUGACAGAUCAGCAGACGGGACAGAAGAUCCAGAUCGUGACGGCGUUCGAUCAGUCCCCUGCUGGAAGGCAGCAGUUUAUCCUGGCCAAGCAGGAGCCCUCCCCGGGAAAGGUGAUCCUCACCACCCCCGACGGCAAUGCCGUCAAUCAGCUGCUCUUCGCCUCCCCCGAGCUGGCCGGACAGCAGAUCCAGUUUGUGACAGACGAUGGCUCGGACCAGUCGCUCGCCAAACCUGUCGUGGAGUACUGCGUCGUGUGUGGAGAUAAGGCCUCAGGGCGUCACUACGGAGCGGUGAGCUGCGAGGGGUGCAAGGGCUUCUUCAAGCGAAGCGUGAGGAAGAACCUGGUGUACACCUGCAGGGGGUCGGGCGAGUGCGUCAUCAACAAGCACCACCGCAACCGCUGCCAGUACUGCCGCCUGCAGCGCUGCAUCUCCUACGGCAUGAAGCAGGACUCUGUGCAGUGCGAGCGGAAGCCCAUGGAGGUGUCCCGGGAGAAGCCCGUCAACUGCGCCGCCUCCACAGAGAAGAUCUACAUCCGAAAGAACCUCUGCAGCCCUCUGGCCGCCACGCCCACCUUUGUGACGGACAAGGAGACCGCCAGGUCCACCAGCGUACUGGAGUCUGGUAUGUUGUUGAAUAUCCAGCAGCCGUUUCCUAAACUGGAGAACACCAUCAUGGUCCCGUCAUCCCCAGAGAAGUAUGACCCCUGCCAGGAUGACCUGAGCACCCUGGCCAACGUGGUCACGUCGCUCGCCCACCUGAGCAAGGCGAGGGAGAUGAGUGACAGCAACACGGACCUAUCGCUGAUGGAGACGCUGAGCAACGGGGACGGGUCACUGGCCGAGGUGCAGGGGGAGGAGCAGAGCACCACCGACAUCUCGCGGGCGUUUGACACCCUGGCCAAGGCGCUGAACCCGGUAGACAACUCUGCGGGGGAGGCCAUGGAGGCCAGCAUGCACCUGGUCUCAGGCGACCAAUCAGGCGCCGUGGUGGAGCUGGAAGGCCCGCUGCUCUCCGACAUGCACGUUCCCUUCAAGCUAAUGAUGCCAUUGCCGGUGCCAGAGUACCUCAACGUCAACUACAUCUGUGAGUCGGCCUCGCGACUGCUCUUCCUGUCUAUGCACUGGGCACGCUCAAUACCAGCCUUCCAAGCUCUGGGCCAUGACAACAACAUCAACCUGAUGAAGGCGUGCUGGAACGAGCUGUUCGCCCUGGGCCUGGCGCAGUGCGCGCACGUGAUGAACGUGGCCACCAUCCUGGCCGCCAUCAUCAACCACCUGCAGAACAGCCUGCAAGAAGAGAAAGUGUCGGCGGAGCGGGUGAAGCUGGUGAUGGAGCACAUCUGGCGCAUGCAGGAGUUCUGCAACAGCAUGUCCAAGCUGGCGCCCGACGCCUACGAGUACGCCUUCCUCAAAGCCAUCGUCCUCUUCAGCCCCGACCACCCAGGCAUCGACAACACGCUGCAGAUCGAGAGCUUCCAGGAGAAGGCCUACGUGGAGCUGCAGGAUUACGUAACCAGGACGUACCCGGAGGACACGUAUCGGCUGUCGAAGCUGCUGCUGCGCCUGCCCGCCCUCAGGCUGAUGAGCGCCGCCGUCACCGAGGAGCUCUUCUUCGCCGGCCUCAUCGGCAACGUGCAGAUCGACAGCAUCAUUCCCUACAUCCUCAAGAUGGAGUCCACCGACUACAGCAGCCAAGUCAUCACCCACGUCAUCCAGUAACGGAGUGGCCGGUCGCCUGAGCGACGGGGUCUCCGGGCAGACUGUCCACACUGCUACGCGAACGAGCAGUCAGAUCAGUGCCUCAGUCUUGCGUACAUUCUGAACGUUCAAGUGUCAAAAAAAGUCAUCGAAGAGUCAUCCGGACGAUGAAGGCUCCUGACUAGAACUGUCGUUUUUUGUUUUUUCUUGUGUCGGCUCAAUCAGCUAAUUGCAUUUACUCCAUAGCAUCCAUUCUAUCACCUCCGUUAUCUAUACAAGGGAAUCUGCAGACUGGAAAACAGCUGGAUUAUAAAUUCAAACAUGUAAAAACACAGAACUGCAGAUCCCUGUAGCAAAAAGAUUGUGGUCUUUCACUUUGCGAAUGGGACUGAAAUGGUAUUGGACUGCACGUGCAGAAGAUCUAAACAGGCCUGUACCUAGGAUCAGAGGAGGCCUUGGUUUUGCUUUUAAUUUUUAUUUUAUUUUAUUUUAUUUUGUUUUUUACUCCCCAAAGCCUUUGUGUUAAUACAGUCCCCUUGUGUGUGAAUCAAUCAUGGAAUGCGAACAUUAUUCUCUUUGACUUUGGAAGGUUUCUUGUCUAGUAUUUGUUUCUUGCCCCCUUUCUACUUCCUAACUGAAGUCAUACCAUGCUUUCCUGAAAACCCAGCGUCUCCCACUUCCAUGAUGGGAGCACUGCUGUUGGAAGUGCGUUCAUUCCUCAAACACACUUUGCCCAAGAGUGUUUCCCACACUGCACACUGCAGUUAGAGCUAGUUAUGUUUGGAUGCGAGGCACAUCUCUCAUUGAUAACUGGUAACCUCUUAGAGGGGUUUUUGCAGUGUUAUUAUCCUCUCAUUUUUUGAAGACUUUAGUCUCAACAAAUCCUCAAAGUAUAUGCGUAUAUAGACUACGGCAGAUAAUUCGGUUUUCUGUAUCAGAGCAAUGCUCACAUUGUAACUUCAGUAGCUUGGACCUGCCCAUGGGAUGCUCUUUUGUGUAUAUAUAAAUAUGUAUAUAUAAUUAAGAAAAGACUAUCAAGGCCCAUGGUGCUUUGCACAUGCACCCAUGAACUUUGAAACGUGUUGAUGGAAUUGCUUAACGAAAUAAACCAUCCGAGAGAACCACAAA